ACGGUGAUUCAAGCUGCUCCAGGAAAAAGUUAAGGCGCGUGUUGCGCGAGAGCCACACCCGCGCGCACGUCCGCUCGGCGGUAAUGAAUAAUCCAUUAAUGACAGCGAUAAAGAGACGCGGCAGGAGGCGCCGGCUACAGACAGACCUAUAUUCGUACAUACUGACACACACAGACAGAAAGCAGCGCUCCGACCGUGUCAUCAUCGCCGGAUACCGUUGCCGUGGAGGCGGGAGCGCGCGCACAGUGAGCGAGCAGACCCGCCGACCUGCACCCGGACCCGGCGCCCCCCCGGUCAGUGAAACCCGGUUCUGCUGCGUUUCCUCCCGAACCGCAAUGAGCAACUUGAGGACCAGCUUGUUCCUGUCCGUCUUCGGUCUGCUGGUGGGGUGCAAUGUCAGCGCAACGAGCUCAUCUCCUACAUGUGCCCCAGGGCAAUGCUUAACAUCAGGUCAGGAAUUGCGUACCAGAGAGCAGUCUCAGGAUCACCCAAUGAUCCAGAAGUGCAACGCCAGCAUGGAGAACUACUGCUUACACGGAGAGUGCAUACUAAUAGUGGGCAUCAAAGGGCACCAUUGCAAGUGCGAGCAGGGCUACUCAGGACACAGGUGUGCUCACCUGGAACUGGUGCAACAGCCGAUGAGUAAGGAGCACAUCAUCCUCACUCUGGUGUGUGUCGGCCUGACUACCAUCGGCAUUGUGGGAGCGCUAUACUUCUUCCUCAACUGGUACAGGAAGAAUAAAUGUUCCUCUCAAGAGAAGAAAUACCAGGAGGUGCAGAUGGCUUGAAUGACAGCUGGCCUUUUAACAAGCAUUUUACAACCUUUUUUUCCUUUUUUAAAAAAAUAAGUUAUUCAUAAGAAAAAUUGCUCUGUCACAUAAAAGUCAGUAGUAUUGGCAGACUUUGGUACCUGUUAUGUGGUGAUGACAGUCAUGCGUGUAAUGUCCUGUUUCACUGAGGGCGGAGAUGCGUGAGUCACAAUGCUCUGGGUAGUGUCCCAGGGUUGGCUUUUAAAAAAAAAAAAAAA